AUGGAGCAACAGCCGACGCCGUCUACAGAGGCCCCGGAGGCCCCCGCGACCACCACGCCGGUCUCUACGGAAGCGCCAGUGCGUGAGCGUCGUGUUGGUGAAGCUCCCAUCAAGAAAGAGUUCCUGAAGCCCAAGCCGGCACCAAAGCCCGCUACGCCUGCGAACACCGAGGGGGGUGACUCUAGGGAUGCGACGGAGGUGAAGGACGGCCGUGACCGCGAAGGCGGCAAGAAGAAGCGUGGCGGAACCUUCAAGAAGCGCCCGGCGGAUGUCGAGGAGGACCCCGCGGACUUGCUGUGCCGCCCUGUGGCCGCCGGAGAAGGCUGCCAGUUCGGCGACUCGUGCAAGUUCAGCCACGACGUGGACGACUACAUGAAACGCAAGCCGAAGGACCUGGGCGAGCGCUGCCCGGUCUUCGAUGUCGUGGGCUACUGCCGCUACGGCAUGGCGUGCCGCUUCGCCAAGGCGCACAUUGAGAAGGUUGACGGCAUUUACCGCAACGUUAAGCGCGACGAUUACGUGGAAGGAAACGACCAGGGCGAUGAGGUGAACGACUUGACCCACGAUCUGCGCCUGAAGCUGCGCAAGGACACGUAUGACUUCCAGUCCAAGCAGCAGAUGAAGAAGGACAAGAAGAACGGUAAAAAGUGGCAGAAGAAAAGCAACGAGAAGCAGGAAUCCAAGCCGGACACUGAAGCUGCUUCUGCGCCUGCUGACGAGACUGCUAAAACGGAGACUGCUCCUGAAGCUGUGAAAGCGGAGGCUGAGAUGGAACCUGCUGCUGAGAGCCCGCUGCUGGCUGAGCGCAAGCCUGUGGAUUUCAAGCAGAAGAUCUACGUUGCACCACUCACUACGGUCGGCAACCUGCCGUUCCGUCGGUUGCUGAAGCAGACUGGCGCCGACAUCACGUGUGGUGAGAUGGCUAUGGCGACCAACCUGCUGAAGGCGCAGCAGUCAGAAUGGGCACUGCUGCGUCGUCACAAGAGUGAAGACGUGUUUGGCGUUCAGAUCGCAGGCUCGUUUAGCGACCAGAUGGCGCGUGUGUGUGAGCUUCUCGCUCGCGAGACGGAGAUCGACUUCGUCGACAUUAACAUGGGCUGCCCCAUCGACGUUGUGUGCCGCGUUGGUGCUGGGUCUGCUCUGAUGAACCGUCCUCCUCGGUUGCUUGAGGUCGUCUCCGGUGCGUUGACUGGUCUGGAGCUUGGCACGCGGAUGCGUACCGGUGGAACCGUGAACACCCCAGGACUGACGGUGAAGCUUCGUACCGGCUGGAGCGAGAAGCAGCCGACUGCUCAUAAAUUGGUGCCCAAGCUGCAGGCAGUGCGAGCAUCGCAGGCUUACGUGAACGCUGCGGUUGUUACCGCCGACUUUAAGCUGCGCGCUACCCAGUCUGUGGACGCUAUUAUGGUGCACGGCCGGUCACGCCUCCAGCGCUACACGAAGAACGCCGACUGGGACUACAUAUUCCAGUGCAGCGAUGCCCAGAUUGACCUUAUUGACGAAAAGCCCUUGCCGCACGUGCCGUUCGUGGGUGGAGGCGACGUUCUGUCCCACGAGGAGUUCGACGAGCACCUGCAGAACGGCAAGCUGGAGACGUGCAUGCUGGCCCGUGGUGCUCUUAUCAAGCCGUGGCUUCCUACCGAGAUCAAGGAGCGUCGUCACUGGGAUAUCUCGGCCUCGGAGCGGUUGGACCUGCUCAAGGACUUUUGUCGCUUCGGUUUGGAGCACUGGGGAUCGGACCAGAAGGGCGUGAACCGGACGCGUCGCUAUCUGCUCGAGUGGCAGUCGUUCCUGUGCCGCUACAUCCCCGUGGGACUGCUUGAGGCCCUCCCUCAGCGUAUCAACGACCGCCCGUCGCCUUACUACGGACGCAACGACCUAGAGACGUUGAUGGCCAGCGACCAGGCGGUGGACUGGGUCAAGAUCUCCGAGAUGCUGCUGGGACCCGUGCAGGACGGCUUCCAGUUCGUGCCCAAGCACCGUGCCAACGCGUACAACACGUACUGA